AUGACCCUCCACCCUGAAGUGCAGAAGAAGGCUCAAAUAUUGAUCGAUAAGGUCAUCGGGGACAACAGGCCACCUACUUUCGAGGACAGACCGAGGCUACCUUAUAUCGACUACAUCGUCCAGGAGACUUUACGAUGGUGCCCCGUAUCCCCUCUCGGGGUGCCGCACCGAUCAUUAGAAGACGACAUAUACAACGGCAUGUUCAUUCCCAAAGGCUCCAUAGUCUACGCCAAUGCUCGCGCGAUGACGCAAGAUGAGCGUGCUUACUUUGAUCCCGGGCGUUUCAACCCAGAUAGGUAUGCCCCCGCUGAUCAAGGCGGCUACGGCUAG